UGCGCGCUGGCUGGGAGGUCUGGUGCCGGCCUCACCAGUGCCUUCCGAGUAGCCGUAGUGCUUGCUCGGCGGGGUUGGUGAGGAAUGGAGGUGGUGGGUGGCUGUGGUGAUCAUGGUGGUGGUGAUCGCCGAGGCUCCUCCGCGGACCCACAGAGCACCUUUGUGUUGGGUAACCUAGCGGAGGUGGUGGAGCGUGUCCUCACCUUCCUGCCCGCCAAGGCGUUGCUGCGGGUAGCAGGCGUGUGCCGCUUAUGGAGGGAGUGUGUUCGUCGAGUGUUGCGGACGCAUCGGAGUGUGACCUGGAUCUCCGCGGGAUUGGCGGAUGCUGGCCACCUGGAGGAGCAUUGCUUGGUGCGCGUGGUAGCAGAGGAGCUUGAGCAGAAUGUUCACAUCUUACCACAGACAGUUCUUUACAUGGCUGACUCCGAAACUUUCAUUAAUCUGGAAGAGUGUCGUGGCCACAAGAGAGCAAGGAAAAGAACUACUAUGGAAGCAGCAUUUGCCCUUGAGAAGCUAUUCCCAAAACAAUGCCAAGUCCUUGGGAUUGUGACCCCAGGAAUUGUAGUGACUCCAAUGGGAUCAGGUAACAAUCGACCUCAGGAAAUAGAAAUUGGAGAGUCUGGUUUUGCUCUAUUAUUCCCUCAAAUUGAAGGAAUAAAAAUACAACCCUUUCAUUUUAUUAAGGACCCAAAGAAUUUAACACUAGAAAGACAUCAACUCACCGAAGUAGGCCUUUUAGAUAACCCUGAGCUUCGUGUGGUCCUGGUAUUUGGCUAUAAUUGCUGUAAGGUGGGAGCCAGUAAUUAUCUGCAGCGAGUCGUCAGCACUUUCAGUGAUAUGAACGUCAUCUUGGCUGGAGGCCAGGUAGACAACCUGGCAUCACUGACCUCUGACAAACACCCUCUAGAUAUUGAUGCCACUGGUGUAGUUGGACUGUCAUUUAGUGGACACCGAAUCCAGAGUGCCACCGUGCUACUCAACGAAGAUGUCAAUGACGAGAAGACUGUUGAGGCUGCAAUGCAGCGCCUUAAAGCUGCCAACAUUCCAGAACGGAAUACCAUUGGCUUCAUGUUUGCAUGUGUUGGCCGGGGCUUUCAGUAUUAUAGAGCCAAGGGGAACGUUGAAGCUGAUGCAUUCAGAAAGUUUUUUCCUAGUGUUCCUUUAUUUGGCUUCUUUGGAAAUGGAGAAAUUGGAUGCGAUCGCAUAGUCACUGGGAACUUUAUAUUGAAGAAAUGUAAUGAGGUAAAGGAUGAUGAUCUGUUUCACAGCUAUACAACAAUAAUGGCCCUGAUUCAUCUUGGGUCACCUAAAUAAAGCCUCCUGUAAAA